AUGAAUAGUUUAAUGCAAAAUCUUCUGAUAUUUAAAAUAGUUCUAGCAAUUAACUAGGUUUUUUAACCUAGCAAGAUGAGUCAACUUAAAUUAACAGUGAUGAAACCAAAAAUCAUUUAUAUUCAAAUGCUCUAAUUUAAGAUGCCUAAGAAGGUAGCUAAUUCAGUGGAGAAUAUGAUUGCGAUCUUAAUUAAUCAAACAACGUAUGCUAAAUUUUGUAAAGUUAAAAAAAUAGUGAAUCAAAUGAAUUUACAACUCCAAAUUUUUCAUAAAACUCUUUCUCAGAAGCUCAAUCUAAAAAUGAAGAUGCUCAAAGCAAUGGCAACUAUAAUGAACAAGAUAAAAAUAAAUUUUAAACAGUAGAUUAAAUAAAAAUAAUAUCCAAUUAAAACCAAAAUUCUACUAUCUAAUAAAAUAAUGAUCAAUCUAGAAUAUAAAAUGAAACAGCAAAAUAUUUGGUAACAUAAUUUAAAACUUCAGAUGCAGAAAUCUAAAAUUCGUAAGAAUAAUUUAAUGAAGAUACUUCUUUUUUAUAUGGUGAAUAUGAUGAACCAAGCGCUUAAUUUUCAUAAAAUUUGA